GGCAGCGGAUAUAUAAUUGCACUCUUCUUCGACAUUUCUCACCACGCAAGAGUUAGGGACAGAGCGCAGAGCCAGGCUGGGAGUCAUCAAGAGGCGCGAAAGGGGUUGUCACACUACUCUGGCAGCAUCUGGCGAUCAGUGUACCACUGGCGAGGCUAUGGCGACUAUCUGGCGAACAGCUGA